AUGCGAACUAAACUGCCAAUCACAAACAAUUCUCAAGUACCUUCUUUGAUAAAGGGACAAGAACUAUCUAAAUAUCUUGAUGGAUUAAUGAUGGCAGUGAAGACGUUCGUACUUCACCUUCGAGCAUUAUGGAACGAGAUGAUAGGAUUAACUUUGAUUUAUCGCAAUGAACUGAUUGCUGAAGCACUUUUGAAUACUCUGAAAAGAUAUUCAAGGGUUAAACACAAAUCUAUAUUGAAACUAAACUCGAUUUAUUCCCUGAGGCUCUGA